AUGGCUUCUUCUUCCUCUUCCUCACCAAAUUGGGUCAUGGAAAAUGGAGUUAUGCCCCAUGUUUUAGCUGUUGAUGACAACCUCAUUGACCGCAAACUCGUUGAGAAGCUCCUCAGGAAUUCUUCUUGCAAAGUGACAACUGCAGAAAAUGGACCGAGGGCAUUGGAAUUUCUGGGGUUGGCAAGUGAUGAAGAAAGCACCUUGAAGAGCACAGGAUCCAAAGUGAAUAUGAUUAUCACAGACUAUUGUAUGCCUGGGAUGACAGGAUAUGAGCUACUCAAGAAAAUAAAGAAAUCGUCAAUCAUGAAGGAAGUUCCCGUGGUGAUAAUGUCAUCUGAGAACAUCCCAACUAGGGUGAACAAGUGUUUGGAGGAAGGUGCUCAGAUGUUCAUCCAAAAGCCCCUCAAACAAUCUGAUGUAAAGAAGCUGACAUGUCAACUGAUGAACUGCAGAGGCUAGCUAAAAGAACCUUUCUUUUUUAUGUGGGUGUAAAUUUUGAAAGGGGCCCCUGUAACUUCAUAUCGGGGUUCAGUCUUGCGGCUUAACUUGUUUAGGUAGGAGAAUGAAGAUCAUUGUUUUGAGGAUGUUUGUCUUGUCUCCUUUCUUUUCAUUCGGUACAUACCAGUUAAGUUU